AUGGCGCGGGAUGGAGAAGGUCACGACCUCAGUGAGGAGGUGAGGCGCAUGGUUGUCACGACGAUGGACGAGGCCUCGAUGAGAGGCGACGCCGUAGAGGCCCAAAGAGCUGCCUACGACAAGACGGACGAGGCGGCGAUGCUCGCGGUCGUCGAGCGCACGGACGAGAGCAUCGCCGCCGCCGCGGGCCACGCGAGCAUCGAGAGCGCCCUGGCGCCCUUCGUGACCGAGAGCGCCGCCGCGGGCCACGCGAAGGUCCUGGCCGCGUGCCUCGCGAAGGGCGCGCCGCCCGACGGCGACGCCGACACCGCGGCCCUGCAUCAGGCCUCCCGGGACCAGCGCGAGUUCAAGGGUAUGGGCGGCGCCAAGCCGGAGGGCAGCAUGAUGCUCGUGGUGCCUCGGGUGCCGCUGACGCUCGCUAUCGGGGCGAAUUCGCUCGAGUGCACGCGCCUGCUGCUCGACGCCGGAUGCGAUCCGAACGCCGGGAACAUGGGCUACGCGUCGCCGUUCUUUUGCGCGUUAAGUUCAAGCGUCGGCGACCGGGACAGGAAGAUCGCGAUCGUCCGCCUCCUCGUCGAGGCGGGCUGCAACGUGAACGCCAAAUGUCUCGACGGCGCGACGGUGCUCUUCGGGCUGGCCAAGGCGAGCCUCCACGAGGUCGUUGAGGCGGUCGUGGCGCGCGGCGCGGACACGGAGUACGGGCCCGGGCCGCCGGACGGGAGCUACAUGACGCCGCCGCUCGCGUUCGCGUGCGCGUGGAACGGCAUGCCGCCGCACCUCGUGGCCCGCUACGGCGGGACGGCCCUGGUCGACAAGAUCGCGACCGUGCGCGAAAUGAUUCGCCUCGGGUCGAAGCUCGUCCCGCGCGGCGCGCCGUCGCGAACGCAUCCCGCGACGCCCGAGGCGAUGCUCCGCCGCUGGGCCACCGCGGAAGGCCCGCCGCACCAGGCCGACGCCCUCCGCACCGCCGUCGCGGACCUGAAGAUCAAGGACAUGAGGGCGCUGAUCACGCGCGCGGGCCUCUCGCACGGCGACUGCGUCGAGAAGAGCGAUCUGAGGGCGCGGACCUGCGAGGCGCUCGAGAAGACGGCGCCCGCGAACGAGCUCCUCCGCCUCGCGGACCUCAUAGACCAUCUGAUCGAGGGCGGCGGCGACGACGCGGAGACGCGCGAGGCGCGCCAGGCCGCGCGCGCGCCGCUCAUCGAGGCCUUCGAGGAGGCGCGGCCGGUGCUGUACUAG